CAAGUAUACGAAAUUACAACAUGAAAAAAUCGAAUGGUUAAGAAUUGAAACUAUCAAAUUUCCAUUUCAAAUUUCCCUAAAAUUAAUUAUAUCGAUGUAAGAUCAGAAUAUCGGAAGAAUUUGCUGAGAUGGAAAAUUGAAAGGUUAGAGAAUGAAAACUAUAAACGUUGUUUGUUUCAAAUUUUAUUAAAAUUAAUUAUAUAAAAUUUGUAAUAAAACGAUGAGUUUCGUUGGCUAUUGCAACGAUUGUAGGGUGUACUUUCGUUCAGGAGAGACAUUCGCAUUUAACACGAACGGGUAUUCAGGAAGCCAGAAUGUCGGAGGGCUGUACGAGUUGCAGGGGUGCGAAUUAUGCAGGCACCACGCUGCAGUUAAGCUCGGCUUCCGGUGGCGGGUCCGGAAGCGGCUCCUCCGGAUCAGGAAGCUCUUGCACAACUACAAGAAGAGUACAGGUACGCGCCAAGGUGCUCUAUGGCUCUGGCAAGGCGAUCGCCAGCUUGCAAGCUCAAGAGAAAGCCGCCAGGCACUGAUAAGCAUCCUCCUCGUCCUUCUUUCCUCCGGUUUGUCGAAGUCAGCGACGAACCAUGAGACUCUGCGAUCAUCUUCCGCGAAAGUAUCUUCGACUCUUCGACCAACAAACGAAUCCACGUUCUACGACCGAUCCAAUCGAGACGAUGAUAAUUCCGAGGCGAUAGAAACUUUAUUUAUUCCCGAGAAUCUGAGUCAAUACGAACAGAUUCUGCUCUACGUGCGAGAAUUAUUUCAAGGAGUGGAACAAUCUGCCGAUUUGUACGAUCAAGAAGUUCCGGCGAGUCUUGAGAGAAACGUAACUGAUAGUACGAGCGACGAGGAUCGAUUUUCGAAGCUGGAAGAGCGAGUCCGAGAGUGGAAUUCGCCGUCAGACAGAGAAGAGGACGAGGAAAUCUAUCCGCAGAGAAAUCCCGAGGGAGGAGUUUCAUUGGGAACAACCGUGCAGGAUAAUAGAAUGGAUGACGUAAUUUCGACAGAAAGAAAUAACUAUGACGCUGGCUACAAAGGGAAAACCGAGCCCGACGAGGAAGACUUGUUGGAGGCGGCUAAUUUUGGGCUCGAUGCCAUGAAGGAUCUGUAUACUGUUAAGGAACCGAAGCUUUACUCGAUGGGUCUUUACCUGGACUCGGACAAUCCUGCGAGGCACGUGGCAGUUUUUAACGAACAAACAGAAGAAGCAAGGUUCCUCGCCAAGUACGGAUACGCGGUUCUUCAGGGCACCACGUUGUUCAGAAGAAAAUUCCCAAAUACUCCGGCAGACUCGCUUCUGUCUCGUCGCAGUCAAAGCAAUCCACUUCAACGUGGCUGCCCAAACAGAGGAGUUCCCAACUGUCCGGCGGCCAGUUUGAGAUACAGAACGUCUGAUGGAAGCUGCAAUAACCUGCAUCAUCUAUGGUGGGGCUCCGCCAUGUCCACUAUGCAAAGGUUCCUGCCUUCGGUUUACGAUGAUGGCAUUCAGAGUAUCAGGAAAUCGGUGACAGGAAGACCACUUCCUAGCGCAAGACUAGUGACCACGGUGAUUCACGAGAACAAAGAUGUCCCCUUGGAAGCUGUUACUCAUAUGCUCAUGCAGUGGGGACAGUUUGUCGAUCAUGAUUUAACAGCCACCGGGCAAGGCAGAGGAUUUAAUGGCUCUAUACCACAAUGUUGUCUGAAAUUCGGAUCCGGUUUCCAACCACCGGAAUUCAUGCAUCCAGAAUGUUUGCCAAUAUCAGUAAGCAAACACGAUAAUUUCUUCGGUCCUUUGGAUGUUAAAUGUUUAGAGUUCGUUCGAAGCGGCUCAGCACCGAAAGAAGAUUGUGAAUUUGGCCCCAGAGAGCAAUUAUCACAGGUGACAAGUUAUCUAGAUGCUUCUGUGGUAUACAGCAACAGCGCCUUUCAAACAGACUCCUUACGAUUAUUUCGGAAUGGUUUAUUGCAAUAUGGGAGGAUUCAGUCGCAGAGACCGGUGCUACCUAAACUCGAUGCCGAUCUCUGUAGACGCGGAUCAUUAUCCACGAAUUGCUUCAAAGCUGGCGAUGGUCGUCUCGGCGAGCAACCUGCCCUCACGUCUCUUCACGUAGCGUUUUUGAGGCUUCACAAUAGAAUCGCGACGAAACUUGCCGCGUUGAAUGCUCAUUGGAGCGACGAGAAACUAUUUCAAGAAUCCCGGAGAAUCGUCGCGUCCAUUGUCCAGCACAUCACCUACAGAGAAUUCCUACCUAUUGUUCUUGGUCAAGACGUGAUGAAAAUAUUCGACCUCGAACUCUUAAAGAAAGGCUAUUACGAAGGUUACGACCCAACAGUGAAACCAACUGUCGCGAAUGCGUUUUCUACGGCUGCCUAUCGCUUUGGUCAUUCUCUGGUUCAACAGAGCUUCGUCCGAUUUAACAGCGAUCAUCAGCCAAUUUUCAACAAUGUUUCCAUCCACAACGAGUUCAUGAAUCCAGCAAACCUGGAAACAGCCGGCUCAGUGGAUCGUCUUCUUCUUGGUCUGAUCAAUCAAAACGCCCAAAGAAGAGACGAGCACAUAAGCGAAGAGUUAACCAACCAUCUGUUUCAAACUCCAAGAUUUCCCUUUGGAAUGGAUCUAGCUUCGAUCAACAUCCAACGAGGCAGAGAUCAUGGAAUUCCCCCAUAUGUACGAUGGCGAGAGCCCUGUGCUCUAUCGCCGAUAAAAAACUUUGACGAUUUAGAGAGAGUUAUGCCACCAUCCACGGCUAGAAAGUUCAAAUUAGUCUACUCGUCUGUCGAAGAUAUUGAUUUAUUCACUGGAGGACUUGCAGAGAAAUCAGUGAAGAGCGGUUUAGUUGGACCCACGUUUGCUUGUAUAAUUGGCCAGCAGUUUAAUAAUAUACGUAGAGGAGACAGAUUCUGGUAUGAGAAUUCAAAGCAGGAAGGCAGUUUCACACCUGGACAGCUCCAACAAAUCAGGAGAGUCACUCUAGCUCAAGUUCUUUGCUCAACUAUGGAUAGUAUAGAGACUAUACAACCAUUUGUGUUCUUGACACAGGAUACUCUGAAGAAUCAACGUAGGCCUUGCAACGAUUCUAUUAUUGGACAAUUGAAUUUAGAAUCAUGGGCAGAGAGAGGUCCAAAAUUUAGAAGAGAAGGUAUCAUUGAUAAAAUAAAGAAGUACGCUUCAGUCAGUGCAACCACUUCAAAAUCUACAGAUUUAUAUUCUCAUAACUUAAACCCUGCAAAAACAAGCGUUCAACAGCAGAACAGGAUUGUCGUGAAGAAGCCUUUUGGUCCUGCAGAUAAUCUAACCAUAGUUGUACAAAAUAAUGCAAUUAAUUCGCCUGUCUUUGUGAAUGAUGCUAUCUAUGGGUCCAAUAUAAAAGUGAAUCCCUCGUUGGUCCAGGAAGUACAACAGAGACCAGUUUCUGAAGGAUCUAUGCCUAUUCCAACUUAUCUUCCAGCAAAACCUGUGAUAAUAGCGCAUCCUCUAGGAAAUCCUGCUUACCCUUAUGUUCCAUAUGCUUUCAGUGAUCCCAAUAAUCCUAAUCCUUUGAGCCAAGGAUAUAGACCUAGCUACUCUAGCGAUGUUGUGUUUGAUAGUUUCCCUGGAACCAGUCCAAGACCAACUUUGUACACUUAUUAUACCAACUUCCAAAAAUUGACUACUCAGAAACCUUCUCAAGAUGUGGAUGCUUAUAUUACAAAUUAUAAAACUCAGGACCAUGGAUCUAAACCAAGCUCGUGGACUAAUUUACAAUAUCAGAGUCAACCAUCGUCCAAACCAGUUUACAGUUCUACUCAGAGACCUGAAGAUGUGGACGCAUAUAUUACAAAUUAUAAACCUCAGGACCAUGGAUCUAAACCAAGCUCGUGGCCUAAUUCACAGUAUCAAAGUCAACCAUCGUCCAAACCAGUUUACAGUUCUACUCAGAGACCUCAAGAUGUGGACGCAUAUAUCACAAAUUAUAAACCUCAGGACCAUGGAUCUAAACCAAGCUCGUGGCCUAAUUCACAGUAUCAAAGUCAACCAUCGUCCAAACCAGUUUACAGUUCUACUCAGAGACCUCAAGAUGUGGACGCAUAUAUCACAAAUUAUAAACCUCAGGACCAUGGAUCUAAACCAAGCUCGUGGCCUAAUUCACAGUAUCAAAGUCAACCAUCGUCCAAACCAGUUUACAGUUCUACUCAGAGACCUCAAGAUGUAGACGCACAUGUUGCUAAUUAUAAGCCACAUGAUCAUGGACCUGAAUUGAAUUCGUGGCCUAAUUCACAGUAUCAGAGUCAACCAUCGGCCAAGCCUGUUUAUGAUUCUCCGGAGCACAAUAAUCAAGGACAUGGAAUCAGUAUUUGGCAGAAAUUGCAAUAUAAGCCUGUGGUUUUGGUCGGUCAAACAGAUUCUGGUAAUUUACAGAGCUAUGCACAAACUUCGAACCACCCACAGAGUUAUCUAAAAGAUUCUGAAGAUACGUACAUCAAACCUGCAAAUAGCCAACAUGAUUACGUAAAAGAUUUCGAAAAUAGAUAUACCACGUGGUCUACCAUCUCUUCUGAUAAGAAGACUGAGGAUACAGUAGUAAAUGAUCCGCACUAUAGACCUUAUCAAGAACCAAAUAGGAAGCCAAUACAGAGUAGUUAUGGAUCAAGUUAUCAAAUUGAUUUCCCUGGCAGACCUACCGCAGGCUUAAACGACCAAGGAACCACAGUCCACUCUAACGCUUUCUAUUUAAGUUCCUCUGCAAGACCAAUUUCGAAUAACGAAUAUAAUAAAGAGUUCAGUAGCUGGCCUGCCAAUCAGAACGAUUAUAAUAUAGCGACUCACUCGACUCCUGUUUACAGACCAGCGCAGCAUGUUAGCGAUUAUCAGACGAGUAAACCCGAGAACUCUUAUCAGAAUGUGCAACCUAAACCGUCGAAAAUUCACAGCGUGACGAUUAUCACGGCGAGUCAAAGCGGAAACGAGGUCGACAGACUCGAGAAUCGAGUUACCAGUGAAGUUCCAAGACCGUUGAAUACCCAAAUAGCCAACGACAGAGCGAAAAGGCCUGGGCAGUAUUAUUACGAGAAGAACGUGCUACAUCGGUAUCCAGAUAAGAUGGAGGAUCAGCCAGCGUAUAACGCUGAACAGAGACAUAAAUCAACGAGCGACGAGGUGUCGAUCGAUGAUACUCUUAUCGUGGCUUCCGUGAGGAAUCAGCUUAUCGAUGGAAAUGGCAACAAUACAGACGUAAAGACAAUGAGUCAGACGAGAAAUGAAUCGUCCAAUAGCACAACAAGCGAUGAUGUGGAUUACGGUCUCGGCGAUGCUUUCUCAGAAGAGACUGAAAUUCCGCCAAGCUACAGAACGAGUCAUUGGCUGAACCCACAUGAGGACACCAGCCUACCGUCAGCUUUGGAGAUGCCAAAAAUCCCAUCAGACAAAACCAGCGCCGCCAAGGAACUACCAAAACCUAUGAAGCUGAGAAAUUACGCCAUGUAACAAUAAGUCCUCUUCCUAUCUUCAUUUUUACAUUCGCUGAACGGUCGUUCCACUUGGUUCGCCACUGCGUAAUUCUCGCGAAUUAGAGAACGUGUAAUUAAUUUAAUUCUAGACGUAGAUCGUUCGCAACGUUAGUAUUUAUUGUUCUUUUAGAAUGAUCUUCACUGCGUGAAAUGAUCGAUGGCUUUUAAUUUAGCUUGUAAGUGCCGGCAUUCAAUCCAUUGAGGAUCAACAUUUCAUUUAUAAUUUCGUAUUUUAGUCAAUUCCAACAAGAAAGUUGUAAAACUCUAUUGAAUCCGUAUUGUGGAUCCUCAAAAAUAUCCUAUAAAUUUGCAGAAAAGCUUUCUUGCUACUAUCUCCUCUUCCACUUAAAAACGUUGUAUCUCAUUCUAAAUGUUACGAUAUUAAUUCAUCUCAUCUCAAUUUUAUACAGUUUGAUUUGAUGAUACAAUUGGACUAUUUUGCAGCACUAUGAUGAACUAGCUUCUUUUCUCUGAAUUAUAGAAGUUCAUUUCGUGUCUAUAAUUUAUGGCGGGCUUGUGUAAUAUUAUUCUAUAAUAUUUAUUAUUCUAACAUAUUUUUUGUAUCUUGAUGAAACGACGAUAGUUUUAUCUUUUAAUUUAGAUUACUACACUGUUUAUCCUUAAUGGGUUAAUGAUCAUUAGACGUUGAUAGUCGUGCGAGACGCGCGUUAUUUAUGUAGAGGAAUAAUACACACGACGAGGGAGUAUUGCACAAUGAUUGCAUGCGCUUAGAACGUUUCUCAAGGGUCGGAUGGAAUGUGUAGCCUACUUUUAUGCCAAUUUUAAACCGUCUCAAUGCGCCGCCUGGAACUACUCCGGACUAUUUUCAGAUGCAGUUCCCGUGUCACUGCGUUUCAUAUGCCGCCUCUCUACACCAGUAAUUUUAAUUACACCUUUAGCAACCUCCCUAUGUUUCAUCCUAACGAACCGUUCUUUAGAGUAACGAAGCAUUCUCUUCGAAUAGUAUCGGUCGACACCGCCGUCGUUUCUCAAUUAACACCGGUAUAGUAUUAUGAAAUUAUGGUACUUGAUCAGCGUCGAUUUAAUAAGCGAAUCGAAUUAGCCUACAUUCGUCUUCUUUUUUUCGAUUGUAAAACACGCUUAAAUUGUAGAUGAUGAUUAUUAAAUUCGAUCAAAACGUUAUUUUCCUCCACGUUCAACUGUGACAGUCAUUGGAAAUUGAACAUCGAUCGAUCAAUGGUACGGCUAAACACAGUGGAUUUCAGAUCUUUGGUUUUUCAUAUAUUCGUUAAAGUAUGCAAACAAUUUCGUUAAAACGCUUUUUUUCUUUAAUUCGAAUCGAUAGCCGCUAGAGCGAUGGAUUUCACUUUUUCUCUCUCUCUUUUUUUUUUGGUUUUUAUAUUAGUCCAAAGUGGCGAGUGAUUUUGACGAAAGUUCAGUUCGAAUAGAUCGCCGUUGGAACUACGAAACUCGUUAAAAUAGUAGAUUUUAAACCUUCUAGUUUCUAUAUGAAUGGAAACACGAAAGUGCUUUUAACAAUUGCCUACACGGUAGAAUCUCGAUUACGAGAACUAAUAGUGACGCAUACUGAUGGAAUAACAGCGUUCUUUAGGUAAUUGAAUGACUUUGUUCUCGUACGAUUUUAGAUAUUGAAAACGUUUCUAACAAGGAAUCAUCCGCAAUUUUGACGUUGUUCGAAGUAAAAUUAAAUCGUUCGAUUAAAUCAAAAUCCAUUUUACAUUUAUUAUCAUCGUGUCUUAACUUCAAUCAUUCAUGUAUUACAGGAGCAGAUUCACCAGUCAUCUAUUGCAUAUUUAGGUACAAAUCAGAAAUUUAGUAUUAAAUUUAAUUUAAUCGAAGCUUUCUGCAGAUCCGAAGGAAUUUCAUGGUUGUUCGUUAGAGAUAGAAGUUUCAGGAAACUGGCGGCAAAUAAAGCUCACCAGCUACGAUACUCCCGAAGAGUAGAGCCGGUGUUUCGCAUCUCGAAGAAAAUUCGGUCUUUAACAUGCCAUUAAAUGAAACGUCGAAGGCUGCCUCAAUGGCUAUUCAACUUGUAAGCCCCGCUUGGAAAGUUCUUACUUUGAACAGUCUGGUACUCACUGCUAUAAAUUAUAAACCUUCCUGGAAGAUACAUUCCAUACUUUUACUGAAUCUUAGCGGAGUGCAAAGUUGGAAUUUCCUUCGUCGAUGGGGAAACAAAAAAUCAAUAUUUUCUGAUUCCCCAACGUGCACAUAAAAUAUUGCAGAUUCCUGAAGUAACCGUUAACAAAAGAGUCAAUGGGUUUAUAAUAUUAAUAUCGACGAUCAAGACGUUUUCUUCGAAAAGAAUAGAUUGAUACGUUGCAUGGAAGAAUUCCAAUUUUUACAAAAUUCGGAAUUUUUCGUUCUGACUAGUAUAAAAUCAAAUAUACUACCGAUUAAUUCUAAACUAGAUAUUCUCAGUAUUCUAAACUUCAGUUUCCGUAAUAAACAGGUAUAGUAAAUAUUCUAAACUUUGAUUCCCAUAAAAUUGAAAAUUUUUAAUUUCAAUUCUCACAAAAUUAAAUAUUGCGAGUUGCAGUUCCCACAAAGUUAAAAAUUUUAUAUUCUAAUUGUAUAAAAUUAAAUAUUCUAAAUUCCAAUUACCACGAAAUUAAAGAUUCUAAGAUUGAAUAAGACAAAUCGUAGAGCUCAUAAAACAAAAGAAUAUAUUCUCAUCUCCAUAAAAAUUUUUUUCCUCUUCCAAGAAUAAGUGGCGAUUCUGGUCGUAUAUUGCGGAAAAACAGAUGCUCGAUCUAAGUGAUCGCUAGGCGAUGGUUUUCGGGUCAUCAGAGAGCAGAGGCAACAGUCGAUCGAAAUGCAGUUUUCGAUGUCACGACCUGGAUCCGCUGUUUCUGCGGUUUGCUACGUGUUAACCGGGCUCGAUGAUGAGAAGCGAUAGAAACUCGGAGUUUGGCCAAACCAGUUCGUCCGAAGCGACUCGUUUCAAUCGUUCGCGCUGUACUUUAUUGCAACACCGUUACGAUAUGCAAUAAAACGUCACUCUUUAUACUCGGUAACAAUAAAAAGGUCUGCAUAAAAAUUGAAAUAACAUUUCCAGCAAUCGUUUCACGCGACAAAUGGCUUGCUUAAAAGCAGUUGUUACCGGACUCGAUUUGCCAAUUCCGCGAGACUUUCUUCUUAAUUACAGGGAAUGACCUUUUCCACGACUUCUUUCCCUUUUCUUUAUUUCUCUUUUUUGGUUGUUCGAUUAAACUAGUCCACAAAAGUGGAUCUCUUCGUGAAAGCUUGGCCAGACUGGUAUGGAUUGGCACCAAUGAAAACAGCCAAUUGCAGCUACACCCGUUUCCAACAUUCUGCUUCUUCGACAUCUCAUGGAAAAUCUUUUUUUUUUUCGAUAAAUGCAGAACGUGAAAUUCCGGUUUAAUAUAGGUUACAUACACUGGCAGAUAUAAAUAAGUAUUAGGUCACUUAUCAGUAUGUAUUACGAAUUGAAUAUUUUUC